AUUCAACGACGAAAUCAUGCCUGAUCCAGUCAAAGCACCGAAGAAAGGCUCCAAGAAGGCCGUGUCUAAAGCCACCAAGACCGGCAAGAAGAAGAGGAAGACCAGGAAAGAGAGCUACGCUAUCUACGUGUAUAAGGUGCUGAAGCAGGUCCACCCCGACACCGGCAUCUCCUCCAAGGCCAUGGGCAUCAUGAACUCCUUCGUGGGGGACAUUUUUGAGCGCAUCGCCGGUGAGGCUUCCCGCCUUGCUCACUAUAACAAGCGCUCCACCAUCACCUCCAGGGAGAUCCAGACCGCCGUCCGCCUGCUGCUGCCCGGUGAGCUGGCCAAACACGCCGUGUCUGAGGGCACCAAGGCCGUCACCAAGUACACCAGCUCCAAGUAAACCUGUUCCUAGUCCCAACAAGUCAAAGGUCCUUUUCAGGACCACCCACACCUUCACCUGAGAGCUUUAUUCCUGUUACACUGCUGCCUCCCUAUUUCUGUCUCACUGGAUUCUUAUUGAAUGUUUUGUCAUAAUACAUUAUGUAAGUAAUGCAUUCCUCCUUAUAAACAAUCUUAUUUCAA